GUUGUCGACAAAAAAAAAAAAAAAUGCCGACAAGUUGCGUGAAGUUGCGACAACUAUUAAAUUAACCUUAAAUAUUGUUUAUUUACAUUACAACAAUAAUUAAAGCUAAUUGAAUAUAAAAAAUAAAUAAAUAUAAAUAAAAAUCUGGGCUAUGCAAUCGGGCAACAAUACAGAUAUUAAUCAUCAAAAUUUAGGAAAUUUGCAAUCAGUUGGACCAAGAAGUCAAAGCACAAUGAAUAUGUCUAAUAAUAAUAUCAGUGAACCUGGACAACAGUCUCAACAACAAACAAAUCAACAAAAUUCAAUGAAAAAUCAACAGUCUUCUUCCUCCAGCAGCGAAACACCUCAGUUUUUAUCAAAAGCAAGACUCCAAGAAUUAGUUAAAGAAAUUGAUCCAAUUGAACAACUUGAUGAAGACGUUGAAGAAAUGUUGCUCCAACUUGCUGAUGAUUUUGUUGAAACAACAGUUAAUGCAGCAUGUUUACUAGCAAAACAUCGACAUGCAAAUUCAGUUGAAGUUAAAGAUGUACAAUUACAUCUUGAACGUAAUUGGAAUAUGUGGAUUCCAGGUUUUGGUACUGAUGAAGUAAGACCUUACAAACGUUCAACAGUCACUGAAGCACAUAAACAACGUCUAGCACUUAUUAGAAAAUCAGUUAAAAAAUAUUAA